AUGCAGGGAGGAAAUAACUUGCCCGCUGUUCCUCGAAAGUAUGCCGUUUGGUAUGCUAAAGGUAAGGGCCAUGUAAUUGAAGAAGAGUGGGAAAGUGAGUUCUCGGCUUCAGAGGCGGCCCUCUUAGAUCGAUCUUUAUUUUUGAAGGGGAAGCUGGAUGGCGGAGAGGAGCAGGUGAAUCCUUUGCCACCGCUAGGUGUAGGCUCACCUCACUGCGACCACAUGUGUCAAGUAUCCAGUGCAGUGCCACCUUCAAGAUUCGCUCAGACUAAAGAACUUGAGCCGUGCGAGUCGAUUUCACUAGGAUCGUUGAAUAUUAUUAAUUCGUUGCUGCAGUGUGGACGUAAAAUUGAUGUAGACCCACUUUCAGGACAACUAUCUGCAAGUCAGCCGUUUGAUUUUCGCGCCCAUAUCGUCGACUACAUAAAGACCCUCAUCAACAACAUUCACAAGAACACGCGCAAGAACACAACUCUCCCUAGUGAAGAGCCAGAAGGUAAAGAAGCGGGAAGUAGAGAAAGAAGUAAUGAGCAUAGAAGACAGGCCCCAGCACCGUCAAACGCUCCAGCGCCGUCAAUGACGAGCAGAAUCAUUGCUAGGAAUGUAGGGAAAUACUGUGGACAGAGAUGGAACGUGCAGACAGCAGAGCGUAAACCUGAUGGAAGAGGUGUUAUCGUCGAAAGAAUUUUUUCCUAUCGCGAGCUAGUAGUUCAAAGAGAAAGAGCACAGGAGAUGAAGUUGCAUCCAGCAUCUCGUGGCCCAUCUUUUACUUUCUCGAAGGACCACCAACAUGUACCUCAAGCACACAGUUCUCCAGAACCAACUUCGCCCUCACCUUCGCAAAUGCGUCUAUUCUCCAGUGUUGUAGUCUGUAGAGCAACGAACAGCAACAAGAUCCUUUUCGAGUAUACUAUGAGAAAAACGAACUAAAGCGAGAAGUUCUAUGGAAUUUGUUUUUUGUGCGGGGAUGGUAUCAGGAAACGGAUGGGAGAUUCAAUGCUUACAACAACGCGGAAAUGUAUGGACUUGCAAAAGAAUUGAUGGAAGAAAUUGCAGACUCGCCUUAUCAAUUGCCGGACUCCGUGCAGUUCUGACCCUAGGAACUUCUUAUCAAACGAACAGCAAAAUUAUCAACAGUAAUUACCACUGAUGUAUCCAUAGAGUUUGAUUUUCAUUACGACCACUACAACAACUACGACUACUGAUUUAUAGAAUCACACUACCACUGCUAGGAGUACUGCUUAUAGAACUGGUGCACUAUCACUACUUAUAGAGCUACAAUAUCAUGGACCAAAAGUGCCACUUUUUUAAAAGCAUCAGAACGAACCUGAUUCGCCCUAGACUUUUUAUCAUAACUUGGAAGGAAGAGACUCUGCUGAGAUCUAAUCCUAGGUAUGCCUCAGUUUUAUUAAUUAGCUGUAACUGAGUUUCUUAGACCUUGCGUCUUCAUUCAUUACUCGCAUUUCCCGGCUCUAUUCUCUUGCUUACUAGUUAUUAAUUAGCAGCCUGAUGAUCAAGAUCAUGUCCUUGCGGCUUGGUCGUAUCCAUAAUAUAUCAUAUUUUCAUGGUCGGGAAACAUCUGAUAGAACUGAUAAUUGAUUGCAUUCUUCUCCUUCCCCCAUUAUGACGCUACAACAAACAUCAAAGACAUAUGGACAUCGCCAAGGAUCUCGUUAUGCAGGAAAAGACGAAGAUGCGUACGGGGUCACUUCGUACUCAUUGAAAGAAGAAGAUGCAUACUAGGUCAUUUACAUUUCGUACUCAUUGAAAGAAGAAGAUGCACAGGCCACACUUAAUAAUAAUUUAGCUUGACAACUUAGGAAGUGACGUAUUGAAGAUGCGUAGAAGGAUCAACUGAGAACGAACACAGAACAAAGCAACAGCCCAUUUUUGAAAGCUACUUUUUUACGAUGAUGUCUUCAGCUAAUAUGGUAGAUGUCGUAGUUCACGUUGCCGAGUGAAGCUAUAUCUAACUUUCGCCAAGCCGUCGCACAUAGCGUCCAGGCCGUCGGUUUGCGAACCGGAUAAAGCUGAGGCCGCUCAUUUAGUAGCCCCGGGAUACAAAAAAAAGUCCAGGCAGAACGGAGGCCCCCUUGAAACUUGAAGAAGCGUGAGGCUCGUUAGAAAUGCGGUCGGUCUACGGGCACUCUUUCAAGUCUACUAAUUAUACCCCUGGCGUCGACUUAGAUUUAGCAUACUCAAAAACACUGAUCAUUUCGUAACAAGUUGAUAGAUUCCCAGUAUUGCUUUUCUAAUGUUUUCGGCGUUCAUUUUGGUUUCUUUGUGAAUAGGUUGUUUGUGAUCGAGAUUUUUU